AUGGAAGGUCAAGAGGUGCUAUCAGAGGUCUCCACCGCCGAGUCGCUGCUCAGCGCCGCCGCCGCGGCGGAGCGGCACGCGCCCGCGCCCGAGGCGGCGUCGGCCGCGGCGUCGGCCGCGGCGCAGCUGCUAGUGCGGGAGCGGGUUUGGGAGCGCGAGCACGGGGCCGCCGCGCCCGCCGCGCCGGGGUUGGGCGAGGCCGCCGGCGACAGCGAUGCGGAGGUGGCGGCGCGCGCGGCCGCGACGGUCGUGCUGAACGGGAACGGCACCUCGCACCACGCGGCCGGGGCCAACGGCAGCGGCGGCGGCAACGGCAGGGGCGUGCGCCCGAGCGGCGGCGGCAGCGGCGGCGGGCCCACUGAGUUGGUGGCCGGGGCCCCCGGCGAUGCCACAUUCAGCGGUAGCAGCAACAGCAGUAGCAGAAACGACAGCAGCACGAGCAGCAGCAGAGACAAUGGCGCGGCGGAGGAGCAGCAGCGGCAGCAGCAGGCCCAGGACCAGCAGCAAGAGCAGGAGCAGGAGCAGGAGCAGGAGCAGGAACAGCGGCCUGGCUCGCCAGACGGCGAGCACCAGCAACAAGGCCAGCCGUGGUGGGCGGCCGCGAUUUCAUGGCUCCCCAACCAGCAACAGCAGCAGCAGCAGCGUAGCACUGCCAAUCCCGACAGGCAGAGACAGCAGCAGGAGAAGGAGAGGCAAAAACAGCUCAAGGAGGCGACGCGGCUGGAAAAGCAGCGGCGGCACCAGAUAGAGAAGCAGCAGCAGCAGCUGUUACGGCAGCAGCGGAAGGAGCAGCAGCAGCAGCAACAGCAGCAGCAGCGUUCGCAGGACGACGGGGCCGCGCAGGGCCUGGCCGAGCAGCAGCAGCAGCAGGGCUGGUGGGACAGCGUGAUGCAGUCCGACUUUGUCCGCGGCCUGCCAGGCUUCGGGCCUCCCGGCGACGACGUGGAAAGAGCGCGGAAGAAGGCCGAGGAGGCGGCGGCGAAGGAGGCGGCGGCCCAGCAGCAAGAGCAGCAGCAGCAGGAGGAGCGGGACGGCGGCGCCGACAAGCCGUGGUGGGAGCCCCUCGUAUCAUGGCUCCCCCGCGGCGGCGGAGGCAGCGACGACGAGCAGCAGCAGCAGCAGCAGCAGCAGCAGCAGCAGCAGGGCGAGCCCCGCGGCGCCGACGGCAGCCGGCCGGUCGAGGCGAUCGUGAUCCCGCCAGAUCUCCCCCUGGAGGAGAUCGCGCUCGAGGUUGCGCGCCUCAAGGCGGAGAGCUGGCGCAGCAAGGAGGACCACGUAGAGUCGCUGUGGGCGCGCACCGUCGAGCGCAACGACCGCAGCUGGCUGAUGCUGCUCGCGUUCCUCAUGACCGUCGCUGUGGGUCUGCUCGCCGUCGUGGCCUGGCGGCUGCAGCAGCUGCAGGCCGGUGGCGGCGGCGGCGCACCGGGCGCGGACGGGCUGCCGGCGCCGGCGGACGCGGCUCUGAUGGUGAUCGGCCUCGCGGCCGCGUUCGCGUCGCAGUGGAUGUGA